AUGCUACAACGCUUUGUUGAUUUGGAAGUGGCAAUUAGAGGAACAAUAGGGCUUUUGGACAAAGCCCCAGACAGCUUAAACUCAGAUGAAUGGACUGUUAAAGAAUUUUGCAAAGUGUUAAGCCCAUUUGAAGAAGCAACUAAAGAAAUCAGUGGCGAACAGUACAUGACGACUUCAUUGACAAUUGUCAUAGAUCACGGUCUUCAAAAUGUCUGUGAACUAAUGAAAAAAUGUAAUUAUUCACAAAGAACGAAUCAUUUAAUUAAUAAUUUAGUUACCGGUAUGAACGACAGACAAAGCUGGGGAAACAUUCAAAAUAGUAACACCUUAGGUAAGUGUACGUUUCUGGAUCCCCGAUUUAAAAAUGUACCACUUUAA